AUGUCGGCAUUCACGAUUGACUCUGACACGACAGGAGUCGAUGACGUUCCAUUCAGUACUCGAACCGACAACAACUGGGACAACGUCACAGCCGUUACUCGAAUUGACCAAUCAUCGGGCCUCCCUGCCAUCAAGAUAACCCUCAAUCCCCUCAAGAAUCCUCUACAAAAACCAGAAGAUUAUGACUCCUGGAAGAGAAUCAACAGCAACAACUCAGAAAAGUGGUUUAAUGCGUCAAAAGCGAUUGGCGAGUGGCUCAUUGCCAAUAUAAGUACCGAAAUUCACAGCAAGAUACAAGCACGAAGUACGCUCACUCUCUCUUUCGCGGAUGUCAUUUGGAAGGGAAUUUACGAGGAAAUGCGCGGAUGCGGCAUUUAUGAAGACAUGAAGCAAAUUGGGGCAUUCGUCAACCUCAAACGAACCGACUUCCCCACCAAAACUGCGUUCAUCGACGACUAUUGUGCUCGAUACAUGAGACUCAAAGAGCGUGAGAUGGAAGUCAAGCCUUACUUUGCAAUGAUGACAAUCUUACUUCAAAUCCAUCAACUUGACGUCCGAGACUCGGUUCUUCAAUCAAUUAAAGAGAAGAAUCACACUGCGCAGACCUUCACAUACAAUGUCUUCUGCCAAUAUACUCAGGAUUUGCGAGGUCGUGUCUUAAUCAGAGAGGAAGACGAACCAUUUAUCUAG